ACACGCAGCAGCUCUCAGCAGAUAGAAAACUUUGCAGCAAAGAUGAAGAACCGCUUUCCUAAAGCUCCUGUCAAACAUCUCGGCACCUUUGUCACACUCGUUGUAAUUUUCAUCAACAAUGUUGUGCUUAACAACGACAUGGUGUGCAAUUGUGAAAAUAGAUGGAUUGGAUGUGAUGUCUACAUGGCUAUACCAUUCAUUGUCGUAUUUGUUUUAGAACUCUGGACGCACAAGACUUUGAGAUAUAUAUAUUACUGUAUGAGAAGUGGUGUUUUGAUUAUGUUUCAUGACAUAAUCAAGGCAGCGUGCAUCGGUUCACUGUGGGUCGUAUUCGUGCUCCUCGAUGGAGACUGGUAUGUUUGCUGUAUGACCAAAGACGAGGCAACCUGCAAAAAAUGUACGUUAGGUAAAUACAAAAAAAACAUCUCAGUUGAGGACGAACACACCAUCGCUGCACUGAAAAACGAGUCUAUGAUGAUUGCCUUGGGUGUGCUCAUUUGUUGCCUGCUAUUAGCUGCUAUAAUCUCAGGUUUACGGUGGAAAUGCUUCAAGGAUUCAGGUUUACGGUGUAAAUGCUUCGAGGAUUCAGGUUUAUGUUGUAAAUGCUUCAAGGAUUCAGAUUGUUGCGACAGAAAAACGUUAUACAAGCAAGUGAUUCUGGACGAGGAGGAAAAUGCGCUGAGAGAGUUUUUGACAGCAGCGGCGAAAGACAAGUUGAAAGAGACCUUCAUGGCAGACCCAGAAGCAGCAGGAAUAGCAGCAGACGCACCAGCAGCAGCAGCAGGAGUAGCAGCAGACGCACCAUCAGCAGCUGAAGAAAACAUCCAACUGCUGGAUACAGUGAAGGUGGAGACAGCCGGUAAAGAACAGCCCGUUGGCUCCACUGUGACUCAGACUGAAAUAUCUCAACUGACAUUUGAUGAACAUCUUUGAUGAACAACAUUUAGUUUAACACUUAAAGACUUCAUAUCUCAACUGACAUUUGAUGAAUUGUGAUGAGUUUUUAUUCAGACAUCGAUGUUCCCCCAGAGGACGAAUCCUCCAGAGGACGAAUCCUCCAGAGGACGAAUCCUCCAGAGGACGAAUCCUCUAGAGGUUGAGAUCCUCUGACUUUUCAUUUAACGCCAUAAUCUGACCUUCCUUUCUGAUCUCUUUUAGCAAAGGGAACACUGGACCUUCCUUUACCAAAGGAAAGGACAUAAUGCCGUCAGGGAAGGUCUCUUAAUCCUGUUGUAUCUUUCUGGGAGGUGGACGGGAUGGAGCCUAGAAAGCAAAUAUAAGUAUUAUUGUAUAUUCACAUUACAGAACUUCACUUUAAAUUAGUCUUUUUUCCAAACAGGUGUCUCCAUUAUGGAUGCGACUCCAGGUUCAUCGUGCAGUAAAGAUGCUAUGAUGCUUCAAACCUACACAUGGAGCUUUAAUCUGGGAUUUAAAUGUUUUUAUUGGGAUUUUUUUAAAUGUUAGGGUUAGAAAUGUUUCUAUGAUUUAUAUAUUUUGUAUUCGCUUGCAGCACCAAAUGCAACUCAAUCAAGUGUUUUGAUUACAUUUUCCUCUACAGUAGUUUAGAUGUUGCUUUCACAGCUAGAUGUGACGUUUUACUCCAAAAACAUUUACAAAAGACUGAAAAAACAAAAAGGCUCAAACAUCUUGAGGAGAGCUUUACCCUGCAAGAUAUGUGCCGACUACAUCUAUGUAUAAAUAUACAUUUACGGUGUGACAGUUAAAUGAAGUGUUUGACUGUGUGUCACUCACCUUACAUUUAUUCUUUAAGGAUUAUGUGUAUCAUUAACAAGUUAUUCAACCUGUGAAACGUUCAUAAGAGUUUGCUUGCUGAAGUACUGAUAUACAAUUGUACUUGUUUAAACUUCUUUAGCGUUAUGUUUCAUUCAUAGAUUAAACUGUGUGUCAGGGGAGGAACUUUGUUCUCCUAAUGGAUGUCAUCAAGAGGAAGGGAAUAAAAGGGAUUUUAUUUGUA